GUCACCUGGCAGGAACCGGAACCUAGGGUUAUUAAAGCAAAGGAAAGCAUAUCCUGCGCUGGCUUUUCCUUUCCCCUUCCUUCCACCGUCUUCCUCAAUCCUAAACUCGAGGUGCCCACCCGCCUAGCAUCGCUUUCGCCAUGGCCCUCAGCGAUGCCGACGUGCAAAAGCAGAUUAAGCAUAUGAUGGCUUUUAUUGAACAAGAAGCCAAUGAAAAAGCAGAAGAAAUAGAUGCAAAAGCAGAAGAAGAGUUCAACAUUGAGAAAGGUCGUCUUGUGCAAACCCAGAGACUGAAGAUUAUGGAGUACUAUGAGAAGAAAGAAAAGCAGAUAGAGCAACAGAAGAAAAUUCAGAUGUCCAAUUUGAUGAAUCAAGCAAGGCUCAAAGUCCUCAGAGCGAGAGAUGACCUUAUUACGGACCUGCUAAAUGAAGCAAAACAGAGACUCGGCAAGGUGGUAAAGGAGACAACCAGAUACCAAGUGCUGCUGGAUGGACUGGUUCUUCAGGGUUUGUACCAGUUGUUGGAGCCACGGAUGAUUGUCCGUUGCCGGAAACAGGAUUUCCCUCUGGUAAAGGCUGCAGUGCAAAAAGCAAUCCCUAUGUACAAAAUCGCCACCAAAAAAGAUGUUGACGUCCAAAUUGAUCAGGAGGCCUACCUGCCUGAGGAAAUAGCUGGUGGAGUUGAGAUCUAUAAUGGGGAUCGUAAAAUAAAGGUUUCCAAUACCCUAGAAAGCCGGCUGGAUCUCAUAGCCCAGCAGAUGAUGCCAGAAGUACGGGGAGCCUUGUUUGGUGCAAAUGCCAACAGGAAGUUUUUGGACUGAGCCUUGGAUGCGGAGCUCCUGUACUGCUGUGUCGGGGACGUUUCUGUUACUUGGAGACAGGAUUUUCUGUGUAGCUUCCUCUCUGCUGUUCUAACAGUCUGCAUUUAUCAGUGGAUACCCUUCUGUAGCUACCGCCCUUAGCUUAGUUGUUGACAACAGGACAAAGUUUUACUGGGUAGGAUAAACCUACCCUCUCUUAUCUAAGGAACAACUCUCAGUUGUUUUGCAGCAUGAAGGGGAGGAAUCAGGUGAUGGUUGCAUGGACUUCACCGCGUCUUCUGCUCCCUGUGGUUCAGGUUUCUAGCUCAGAGGGUGAUGUGUAUGUUUCUCUGCCCUUAAGUCUCUGCUCUUCAAGCUUCCGGUGCAUGUGGGGCACGCAUUCCUUCCAGCCGUAGUAGCUUCUGUUACCUGUUCGGGCCGAUAAGUGUUCCUUAUCUGUAAAUGUGAUUGAAAAUCUAAGCCAUGAUGCUGUAUUUAUUAAAACAAAUGGUAAUAUGAA